AUGGCACCCGGCGAAUCCAACGAUGAACGCGAUGAAAGAGUUGCGAAACUCUGGCAGAGCCUAGGUGUUCGUAGGGACGGUCGUCUCGAUCUCAAUGGGUUGAAAAAGGGGCUGAAAAAGAUUGAUCAUCAAUUCCGGACCUUCGUCGAUCAUACCGAGCAGGGCCUAUGGCGCCUUUUUCAGACCAUCGAUCGCAACCACAAUGGGGAGAUUGACAAGAAUGAGCUCAAGGCUGCCUUUUCGAACGCCGAUGUAACUGUCUCGAGCGCUAAGCUGGACGCAUUUUUUGCGGACGUGGACACGAACAGCGAUGGCGUCAUUUCGUAUCCCGAGUGGAGGGACUUCCUCCUCUUCUUGCCCGCCUACUCGUCCUCAAACUUGCGCGCUGUCCUGUCAUACUACACGGCCACGGGAAAUCUAAACCCGGAAGGAGAUGUCCACAUCAAUGAUCUACAGGGUUUAGGUACAGACUACUCGUUUCCUAAGCGUUAUAUUUUGGCCAUAAAGAACUUUUUGUACAAUAUUCUCCCAGUGCAUGCUUUGGCAACCUUCAUCCCGUCAGCCUAUGCGGAAGUCGGCGAGGCACUCAGUUUCGGGGUCGCGCUCGAGAAUGAUGCUGUAUCCUUAGACGAGUUGGAGUGGCUUCCCGUACCCAGGACUGUCGCCAUGUGGAUGUCCUUCCGAUCUUUUGAACAGAAGUUGACAGAGAACACUCCUCACUUAGGUUACUUCAUUGCCGGCGGGAUUGCAGGGGCCGUGUCCAGGACAGCAACGGCGCCCCUGGAUCGGCUUAAAGUCUAUCUUAUUGCUCAAACCGGCUCGAAAUCCGCUGCUGUUUGUGCAGCUAAGGAUGGCGCUCCGUUGCGAGCGGCAGGAAAGGCAUCAAAAUCUCUUGCCGAUGCUGUCAAGGAACUGUGGCGUGCCGGAGGUAUUCGGAGUUUAUUCGCAGGGAAUGGUUUAAACGUGUUGAAGGUCAUGCCUGAAUCAGCCAUUAAAUUUGGAGCAUAUGAGUCUGCCAAACGAGCAUUCGCUCGUCUUGAAGGACAUAAUGACCCAAAACGACUUGCACCAACGUCGCAGUUUUUGGCUGGAGGGUUUGGUGGAAUGGUGGCCCAAUGUUUUGUCUAUCCUCUUGACACUCUAAAAUUUCGGAUGCAGUGUGAAACUGUGGAAGGUGGCUUGAAAGGCAAUAAACUUAUCGCAGCCACUGCCCGAAAGGUUUGGAACAAGAAUGGCUUGUACGGCUUUUUUCGCGGCUUGCCUCUUGGCCUUGUUGGCAUGUUUCCGUAUGCAGCCAUCGAUUUAACGACUUUCGAAUACCUGAAGCGCGGAUUGCUAGCACGCAAAGCUCGCCUCCACCACUGCCAUGAGGAUGACGUCCCUCUAAAUAAUUUCACUACGGGAGCUAUUGGUGCGUUAAGCGGAGGAUUUAGCGCUUCCGUCGUUUAUCCACUGAAUGUCCUUCGAACACGACUUCAGGCGCAAGGCACUGUUCUCCAUCCGACAACCUAUAGUAGCAUUGGCGACGUUGCUCGAAAAACAAUCCAGGCUGAGGGAUUCCGCGGCCUCUAUAAAGGAAUUACUCCUAACCUCAUGAAGGUUGCACCUGCCGUGUCCAUCAGCUAUGUCGUGUAUGAGAACUCAAAACGAAUGCUUGGUCUGAGAUAG